CGGAAGGCAGGGGGGCGGCGCCGGCCUCGGGGCGGCUCGACGAUGGCGGCGGCGCGCCGGCUGCUCGCUCAGUGAGCCGAGCCGCGCAGCGGGAGGAUGGCCUCGCUCGGGUCUGCCGCGGCAGGGGAGCCGGCGGCCGGAGCCGAGGCGGAGCUAGGUCCUCCGGCCCCUCCGCCGCCGCCGCCCGCGCCCUCGCCCUCGCCGUCCGCUCUCGGACCGCUGCUGCCCCUGCAGCGGGAGCCGCUGUACAACUGGCAGGCCACCAAGGCGUCGCUGAAGGAACGCUUCGCCUUCCUCUUCAACUCGGAGCUGCUGAGCGAUGUGCGUUUCGUGCUCGGCAAGGGCCGCGGCGCCGCAGCCGCCGGGGGCCCGCAGCGCAUCCCCGCCCACCGCUUCGUCCUGGCGGCGGGCAGCGCGGUCUUCGACGCCAUGUUCAACGGCGGCAUGGCCACGACGUCGGCCGAGAUCGAGCUGCCGGACGUGGAGCCCGCCGCCUUCCUGGCGCUGCUGAGAUUUUUAUAUUCAGAUGAAGUUCAAAUUGGGCCAGAAACAGUUAUGACCACUCUUUAUACUGCUAAGAAAUAUGCAGUCCCUGCCCUGGAAACACACUGUGUAGAAUUUCUCACCAAACAUCUUAGGGCGGAUAAUGCCUUUAUGUUGCUUACUCAGGCGCGGUUAUUUGAUGAACCUCAGCUGGCUAGUCUUUGUCUAGACACGAUAGACAAAAGCACAAUGGAUGCAAUAAGUGCAGAAGGCUUUACUGAUAUUGACAUAGAUACACUCUGUGCAGUUCUAGAAAGAGACACAUUAAGUAUUCGAGAAAGUCGACUUUUUGGAGCUAUUGUACGUUGGGCAGAAGCAGAAUGCCAGAGACAGCAAUUGCCUGUGACAUUUGGAAACAAACAGAAAGUUCUAGGAAAAGCACUUUCCUUAAUCCGGUUCCCACUGAUGACAAUUGAGGAAUUUGCAGCAGGUCCUGCUCAGUCUGGAAUUUUGUCAGAUCGUGAAGUGGUAAACCUCUUCCUUCAUUUUACUGUCAAUCCUAAACCCCGAGUAGAAUACAUCGAUCGACCACGCUGCUGCCUCCGAGGAAAGGAGUGCUGCAUCAAUAGAUUCCAGCAAGUAGAGAGCCGCUGGGGCUACAGUGGCACAAGUGAUCGAAUCAGGUUCACGGUUAACAGAAGAAUCUCUGUAGUUGGAUUUGGUUUGUAUGGAUCUAUUCAUGGGCCCACGGAUUAUCAAGUGAAUAUACAGAUCAUUGAAUAUGAGAAAAAACAAACCUUGGGACAAAAUGAUACUGGAUUUAGUUGUGAUGGGACUGCUAACACAUUCAGGGUCAUGUUCAAAGAACCUAUAGAGAUCCUGCCCAAUGUAUGUUACACAGCAUGCGCAACACUCAAGGGUCCAGAUUCUCACUACGGCACAAAAGGGCUGAAGAAAGUGGUCCAUGAGACCCCUGCUGCAAGCAAGACUGUUUUCUUAUUUUUCAGCUCCCCUGGCAAUAAUAAUGGCACUUCAAUAGAAGAUGGACAAAUACCAGAAAUAAUAUUUUAUACAUAAUUUAGUGUUAACGACCAUUCAGUCUAAUCUCAAAAACAUAAACAACUGGCCACAAUAGUUUGAGUGUCAUGAGUAUUUAUAAUUACAGAACAAGAAACAUUUUAGUUUCUUAGAGGAAGUAAAAGUGUUUAUUGUUUAUUUAAAUAUCUGCAUGAUUCAAAGACAGAUUUUCCAUUGUCUUGUAACCCUCGGGGCAGAGGGAACCCACUAGUUUGUGUGAAAACCACAGUCUUUCUGCUUUGUCUUGUGUGAUUCCAUAGAUCCGCUGACUUGUGAUCUUUCAAUAGUUUGGGAAUUGAAAGAUUUUUGUCAUAUGUAGCAGAUAUGGGUGUUUGUGCUUUUUAAAAAAAUCUUUUGUUUUUACUAUUUUGAAAGUUAGGUGAAAUGGGUCAGUAUUCCUACAGAACUCUUUUUAACUCAAAUAACUAAUUUCAGAAAAUUAAGAAAACUAACUUUAUAUUUGGGGUUUUGAAAUAUCUGGUUGUUAGCAUUUGUAAUAAUGCUAAAAGAAAGCCCCCCCCCCAAAAAAAUAUUCAAGAAAAACUUCAGGUAUUUUGUAAUAGUAUAGUAGUGUAUUGCAUAGAAGUGUUUUAAAGCUGUAAGUGGAAUUUGUGUAAAUUUAUAAUAAUUGAUAUAAAUAGAUCUACAGGGAUGAUCUGAGAUGGAUUCUUUAUCACUCCCAUCUCACUGUGCCUGUUAUGGGUGCUGCCAGUAAUUCCUAGAUGGUUGAGAUGAUGGAGGUGCCUACAGAUACCACUUGUAGCAUUGCAGUAACUUUACACAGCAAGAAGGGAUAAAAUACUAAGUCCCUAACAGCUACUGUGAAAUCAUAAAUCUGUCCAACCAGUUACUCCUGUUUAAAGAGAAGGAGGCUUUUUUUUUUUUUUCUUUUGUCACCUACAUAGUUCUAUCCAAGAAGCAAAAUGCUUGAUAUUUGUGACCUUAACGUGACUGGCACAUCUAUAAGAGUGGGUCAGAAGGAUAUCUGGCAGUGUGAUGAUUCUACAUUUUUAUAUAAAGAGGAUUUUUAAAAUACAAGCGAGAUAACAUUUUCCCCUUGAAAAUGAUUGUCUUAUUAAAAAAUAAACCUUGUAUAUAUUAAACUUAAUGGCUAUCAGUCUAUCAGUUGUGGAAAAUUGUUAAAAAUUCUUCUAAGUAUCAGCUUAAGAUUUUUUUCUAAAUAGGAUAUAAAGGAUUUUAUCAAAAGUAAUAAUUUGUAUUUUCAAGAGGGCAGGGAGGUGAUGUGUUGGUGGCCAGGUCUCUUGAAGUUGCCGAAGAAAGGGAACUGUUUUUUGUUUACUCUGGUACCAUGAUCUUAUAUUGUCAACCUCAGUUAGCUGGAAUACCCAUUGAAGUGUGAUUCUGCUAAACUGAAGUUUAGCAAAGUCUGUAGUAACCAUUGGGGGAGGUAUUUCUUCUUUAACAAGUAUUGCAUUCCAGAGGUAAGUUAGUGCUUUUGACUUUGGGCCAUCCAUAUGCCUUGCUUUUUACCAAACAACUGUAAUGGAAGGUACAAGAAACGGAGCCACUCACUGACAUUGGGACAUCACCUGGAAUCUUUAAAAUAAAUUUAUCCUUUUUUUUU